CAACACAACCCACACGACAUCUCUCUUCUCUUCUCAUCAAAGAAAAAAGAGAGAGAGAGAAAUACUUUGAGAAUAAAGAAAAUUCCAUCCGACAUCCCUGUGACGAAUCUGAGGAAUCGGCUGAACAAAGUUGUCUUGUGCCGGUGACGUCGUGUGGACCAGAAGAAGCUAGCAGCCAGAGUGGUCCUUGGAGAAGCUCCAAGAUGCAGCCGGAGAAGGGACACAAGAAGAACUUCAAACAGAGAUUGGUCUUGAAGAGCAGCUUGGCUAAAGAAAUCAUCUCUGAGUUCUUGGGCACAUUUAUCAUGAUAGUUCUUGGUUGUGGCUCUGUUGCCCAGGUUGUACUGAGUCGAGGACAUUUUGGAGGAAUUGUCACUCUCAAUGUCGGAUUUGCCAUGUCAGUUGUAAUGGCCAUUUACGUGACUGGAGGUGUUUCCGGUGGCCACAUCAACCCGGCUGUGUCCCUUGCCAUGUGUGUCUUUGGACGGAUGAAAUGGUCCAAGUUUCCAUUUUAUGUGGGAGCCCAGUUCUUAGGAGCAUUUGUAGGGGCUGCAACCCUCUUUGGUGUUUACUAUGAUGCGUUUGUGUCUUUUGCUGGUGGAAAGUUGCUCAUCGUGGGAGAAAAUGCAACAGCACAUAUUUUUGCAACAUACCCUGCUUCAUAUCUGUCUCUGACAAAUGCGUUUGCAGACCAAGUACUUUCUACCAUGUUCCUCCUCAUAGCUGUGUUUGCUAUUUUUGACUCCAAAAACAUGGGGGUGCCUAGAGGCCUGGAGCCCAUUGCUGUGGGCCUCCUGAUCAUCCUCCUCGGUGGCUCUUUGGGACUGAACAGUGGCUGUGCCAUGAAUCCAGCUCGAGACCUGAGUCCCAGACUUUUCACCGCUUUAGCCGGAUGGGGAUUUGAAGUCUUCACAGUCGGAAAUCACUUCUGGUGGAUUCCUGUAGUGGGCCCUUGCGUUGGUGCUGUCCUUGGAGGUCUCAUCUACGUUUUGCUCAUUGAAAUUCACCAUCAGAAUCCGAAAUCAGAUUUCGAGGCAGAACAAUCUGAGGACAAGCCAGAGAAGUAUGAACUCAGUGUUGUAAUGUAGUAGAAUGCUCUAAAAGAAGACAUCAAAGCGUGUGUAUUUUUGUAAAACUCAGGUGCAGUUUUCUCUGCUAGCUGUGUGGUGAACAUGAAAUGAUGAAAGCAACCAACUGGAGGAUUGGAAACACCUCUUUCUGCAACUUUCAAUAGCAAGAACUGUCCCCUGAAGCAGCCUUCCCUUCUGCCCUGUUUAUUUCAUUCUUGAUGGUCAUCCUCAUUGCUAAGUGGAAACUAACAUCCUAAGAUCUUGGCCACAGACUCAAAUUGAUGGUCUUAAUAUGCAAUGCCUUCAUGAAACCAUGUCGCCAAAAGCCUCAUGUUCAACGUCAAUAAUAAAUCCCAAGUA